CCAGUGGUACAAGCCGUAAUGUCUCAGACUGAAAUACGUUUGGUUCAGUCGGAGAGAAAUUCUGUACUGCCUUCUUAAAAAAAAAAAGUCCGCACGGUUUAAUUCGCUCAUACGCACGUUCCUCUGACGUUUUGCUCAGCACACACACUGCUGGCGUGACAAGAAGAGACUGCUCGGUAACGUCGAAACAAGACGGCAGCAAGCACGAUAGCCGACUGAGAAGACGCGAAGUAACACCGCUGCACUGUUUUGAGGAGAGCGAGAAAAAUAGCAAGAGUGAGACAGAGACCCCAGGUCACAACCAUGCCACUCUUUGGUAAACCCCACAAAAGCCCCACGGACAUUGUGAAAGCACUGAAGGACAACCUGUCCAUUCUGGUGAAGCAGGACAAGAAAAUGGAGAAGGCGUCAGAGGAGGUGUCGAAGUGCCUGGUCGCGAUGAAGGAGAUCCUGUACGGCACCAACGACAAAGAGCCCCACACGGAGACGGUGGCCCAGCUGGCUCAGGAGCUCUACAAUAGCGGCCUGCUCAUCUCCUUGGUGGAGAACCUGCAGGUGAUCGACUUUGAGGGUAAGAAAGAUGUGUGUCAGAUCUUUAACAACAUUCUGAGGCGACAGAUCGGCACCCGCAGUCCCACGGUGGAGUACUUCUGCUCCCACCAGGAGGUGCUCUUCAUCCUGCUCAAAGGGUAUGAGACCCCUCAGGUGGCGCUCAACUGCGGCAUUAUGCUCCGUGAGUGCAUCCGGCACGAGCCGCUCGCCAAAAUCCUCCUGCACUCGGAGCGCUUCGACGACUUCUUCAGCUACGUCGAGAUGUCCACCUUCGACAUCGCCUCCGACGCCUUCGCUACCUUCAAGGACCUUCUUACGAGACACAAGGUUCUGGUGGCGGAGUUUUUAGAGCAGAACUACGAUGCAGUCUUUGACAACUACGAAAAGCUGCUGCACUCCGAAAACUACGUGACAAAAAGGCAGUCGCUGAAGCUGUUGGGCGAGCUUCUUUUGGACAGACACAACUUCACUGUGAUGACGAGGUACAUCAGCAAGCCAGAGAAUCUCAAACUGAUGAUGAACCUCCUGAGAGACAAGAGUCCAAACAUCCAGUUUGAGGCCUUUCACGUCUUCAAGGUGUUUGUGGCCAACCCAAACAAGACACAGCCCAUCGUAGACAUCCUUCUAAAAAACCAGACGAAGCUCAUCGACUUCCUCAGCAACUUCCAGAAGGACCGCACAGACGACGAGCAGUUUAACGACGAAAAGACGUACCUCGUCAAACAGAUACGAGACUUAAAGAAGCCGGCCUCCUAAACCUUAGCUAGCGAUCACGUUAUUAAGCACCUCAUCUUUUUACUGAGGAAAAUAAACAACAAAAAAAACAAAAAACAAAAAAAAGUCUAUUAACAAUAAUAAUUAUAUUUAAAAUCAUAAACAUUUGUCUUUUCUUAGUCAUGAGGCUUGCAAAUGAUAGUUCUUGAUCACAGACGUUCAGUUGUUUUUCUUUUUCUUUUCGGUAGUUUCAUCAUUCAGUUUUGUGCCAUCGAUGGGUUUUUUUGUUUGUUUGUUUUUGUUGUUGUUGUUAAAAAAACAAAACAACAACUCAUUUUGUUGGAGGAGAAACCAAAGGUUGUAGUAAGUCAGUGGGGUGACGGCGAGGACCUAAAAGAGCUGUCUCGCGCCCACCGCUCCAGACGCCGCUCGCCCUGCGCUCAGCUCUGCCAGAGAGGAAGUUGCUGGUGUUUUCCGCCGAUGACGCCAGUAGGUGACUAGUAAGAAGGAUGGUUGCAUUCCCCACUUAUUUAUAAGCCUUUGAUUUUCUGAGGUUCAAUAUUUAGAUUAAACUUCUCUGUUGCAUUCCUGUAUUCUUUUUCUAGCCUGUAUUUUUAAUUCCCCCCUCUAGACGCUGUAUGCUGAAGUUUCUUACGCACCUGUAUGGUUUGCCGCUCGCUCCAUUGGCUCAGAACGUGGUUGGAUUUAUCCCCCCCCCCCAAAAAAAAAAAAAAAAGUACAUUGAUCUCAUCCCACUGUGGUGGCUUUAAGUAACUGCUUUUAAGAAUGGUUCGGUUAAACCAGUGUUUUUCUCAUUAGGUUCUCUGCCAUGGACAGUGCAGUUCCUCUGAAUGUUUGCUUUAGUAAGAUAUUAACCUAACGACACUUUAACUACACUUUAAAUUCUUGUUAUAGGUUCAAUUAUGUUGGCAAAACAGGGCCAUGUAAUCCUCCUGUUUUUCUAUUUUUACUUGAUAUGUUUACCUGUUGUGGGGGGGGGGUUAGUUUUUGGCAGUGAAAGGUGGUGGCAGUCCAGAAGGGUUGUUUGUUUGUUUGUCCUUUUUUACUACAGCCCUCCACGUAGAACUACAGACGCAGGUGUAGUGUUCAGGCCGUACCGUGGAUCUUUCCGGCCUACAGCAUUGCUGUAGUGCUUAUAGCAGACUGCUGUAGUAUGUUCUAUGCUUUAGUGUCCUAAUACUAUUGAACACUUUGUUGUGGGACAGCUGCAGUACCAGGGUCAUUUCUGUGCCGUACCGUUCCUUUAGCACCAAGAUCUUUUCUGGUCUAUAGCCGUCGUGUUGGCUCUUCAUUGUGAUUUUGGCAGACUUUGAUUAGAUGCAUAGGUGAAACAGUCGAGGACACGAACGUACAAACAGGUGCCUUUUUGUUGUGUGUUUAAGUGCGUUUCCUGUUUUUUCCCAGUAUGUUUUGUAUUUUUUUAAUGCCAAUAUUUCCAGGGGGAGCUUAAUUUUAUUUUUGUUUGUUUUUAAAUAUGUUCCAGUCGAGCAUAUUUGAAUAAUUAAGCAGUGAACCUCUUUAACUCACUAUAUUUGAGUUACGCUGAUGAAGAAACUUGGUUUUGUUCUUUGCAGCUACAUUUGACUGAUUCAGUUGUAUGUCUGUGACUUAACCGUUAGCUGUAAUAGGACUGAGUGGAGCAUGUAUGCUGAGGAAGUCUGGGCCCAUGUUAUCACGUGUUACAUGCCAAUUACAUGAAAAUUUAAUGUUUUAUUAUAUAUAUAUAUACACAUGCUGAGCUUUCAAACCUUUGUUUGAAACUUUUUUUUUUUCCCUGAAUUUUGAAUGUGAUUAAAUACGAUUUUAUGUUAGUACUAAAAAGGACUGAAAUCCAAUGGGAAAAAUAUCCCAGUCAUUUUUUUCUGAAUGAGCGGUCAUGUUUCUCAUGCCUUGCCUUCCCCUCUGUUUGAAUACGCAUUAAUAGCUCAGAUUCAAGUAAGCUGUUCAGUAUUGCGCGACGUAAAGUGAAUCGUGGAACAUCACGGUCGCCAUGGGGCGACCAUUUAAACUCAGCAUGCACCUGAGCCAAAUUUUCCAGUAUCUUCACAGCUUUGUGUUACAAAGGAGUUGCAUUGAAAUAAAAUCAAAAGCAUUAUGGUAUCUGUUCUAAUAUCCAAACUGAAAUCGUUGCCCGUUACAUUUGGUCGCCACCUUCCUUUAUAAAUGCUAAUUGUACCAUAUCAACAAAUAAAGGAAAAUUCAAA